CGCGGGCUCACCGCCCGGUCGCCCGGCCUCCACCCGCCGCAGCGCCCGCCGGGACCUGUAGUCCUUGAGCCGCUCCCCCGCGGCCAAGGCACCGGGAGGCCGCUCCCGGCCGACCACAGCACGGAGCUCACCGCGGGGGUUGGAAAAAAAAAGCGAGGGCUGUCAUCGUUCUGUAAUUAACAAAGGUCGUCACUCUCAGACCCCGCUCAUCCCUUGCACUGGAGUCGCAGCGGCAGGUUAGGUUGCUUUUCUAUUGUUAAUAAGCAGAAAAAAACACCACCUAAAAGCACGAACUUUGCUACAGCUGUCCCCUUCCAAGGCUGGGUGGGUGGCAGUCCCAGAGCACAGGACUUCAGUGUGCGCUCAGAGGCUGUUGUGCCACGCUGAGGUAACGUCCUGGUAAUAACGCAUGUUCCAGAUAACCUCUUGGGUGAGCCAACUUCCCCACAAAACCAUUAGCUUGAGACUUAAUAACAGGGCUUGUGCUGUGCCUGUUGGGCUUGGAUCUAUUCACAGUGACUGUCUCCUGAUACUGCUCCAGUAGUUUCAGCGGGACUGUUACUGUUAAGUUCGCAUGCUAAUAGGAAAACCCUGUAUGUUUCAAGUGCAAUAAAUUUGUCCACUUUGUGUUAGCAGUCUUCUUCAAAGUCCCUUUCACAUCUUUAGCAUAAUGCUAGAGAAGAAAUGGAACGGGCUGAAAGAAAAAUGUGCUGAGAUGGCCGUUGUCUUUUAAAGGAAAACGAGCUGCUUUCGCAUUGCAUCAUUUCUCCUUCAGCGCCUUUAGGAACAGUAGAGUUUGUUUCAUUCCUAAUUUUAGCUAGAGGGAGCUUUUAAAGUUUCUGGCUUUUAUGACAGUCACUGGCCUCUACAGAAAUGACCAUCUCUGGUGGAUCACAUGAGGACAGGCCAGACCAAACACACCUCCUGAAGAAGUUAAUCUUAUGAACAUUGCCAGCUGGUCAGUGGUACUAUGCAAAGUUGUUCCUGCUCUUUCCUAAAAAAAAAAGGGGGGGGGGGCAAGAAUCAAAACCCAACCUUUAAUUGUCUUUUUCUUCCUUUCUCUACAAAAACCCAGCUUAAUUAAGUCUAAUUUAAGUUUUUUUGUUGUUUUUUUGUUUUACGCUUGUAUUGCCUCUUGUUUGGUCAGAAAGGUUGUUGAUGGAACUUUUAUAAAAAAUAACACAAUAGAGUAACAGAAAAGCAUGUUAGGGGAGGCUUGGGCAAAAGAUUUUCCAUGCCCUACCUCCAGAUCCCAGAAAGAGUGCAUCAGUGUGAGUACCUCCAGGCUCAGAAGAUGUUGGCACCCCAACAUCUUCAUACUCUCUUCACCGAGAGAUACCAGCAUCAGGCGUUAUGCUAUCGGGGUUACAUUUUACUUCCUGAAACUGUGCUCCCACUGGAGAGAAGUAACAGGCUUUAGACUUCAUCUGCUUUGAUCUCAGUUCCGUGGACAAUCACGCAUGGAAAGGUAGAUAAGUUCUAGAUACAACAUCCCUGAUGGUGUGUCUUCCUGGUCUAGGUUGAUUAAUGAAAUGAAAUAGUUUACUUUUCUUCACUUCUUCAUUUGUUCUUAUCAAACUUGGCUAAGAAUAUGGUGAAGUCUGCAGUGAUGUUCCACUAUUUAUCAACUUUUGAUGUCCCACAUUAAAAAAUAUCUUCCACCUACCUGUUUAAGGAUUUGUGCGACUUCAUAUCAUCAGGAAAAUCUGUGCCAAGUAUUUAAAAAUGAAUCAUUGACAGAAUGCACUCAGAGAAGGAAGCUGUAUUUUUUAGCAGCAAACUUCCUGUUAGUAAGUGGUACAGGUGAACUACAAAAGGAGUUCUGUCCCAUCUUCUCAGACGUCUUAGAAACAGGGAUAAAUAAAAGUAAUAUAUAUUAUUUUUCUAUUAUUAGGAAUUCAGAGUGGUUUUAAUGUAAAGUCUAUCAUGUCCUGCAACUCGGAGAGUCAAUAAAUGUGCAUUUCCAUGCUGCUGCCACACCUUUUGGACAAUCUGUAGCUUUUUUUUUUUUUUUAACAAAAAAGAUCUGCACAGCAGUGCCUUUUACCACCCUUUUACCACUCUCAUUUCUGUAAUACAGCUGGACUACUGCAGAAAACAUGAUCAAAUCAGAAGGGAGCCUUUUUGCACUGCAAGUGAUACUUCGAAGGGAUGUAAACUAAGCAUGGAUUUGUUGACAGUAUUCUGCUCGGCUUCUGAUCUUACCCCUCCAACAACAGCAGAAUUUAAUGUUUUACAAGACAGCGAUGGCUUUUUCUCUGGAAUCUGAAUAUGGAGGCCACAGGGACAGAUGAAGUAGAAAAGAUAAAAUCAAAGUUUAUGUCAGCAUGGCACAACAUGAAAUACAGUUGGGUGUUGAAAACAAAAACUUACUUCAGUAGAAACUCUCCGGUUUUUCUGCUGGGAAAAUGUUACCACUUCAAAUCUGAUGAAUCUGGUGAACUCUCUACAGAUGGAUCCGAUUUUGACAAAAUCAAUACGGAGAUUUCAGGAAAUGUUGAUGAGUUUCGUAAAGAUUUCAUUUCUAGAAUAUGGCUGACCUACAGAGAGGAAUUUCCUCAAAUAAAGGGAUCUGCAUUAACAACAGACUGUGGUUGGGGUUGCACACUGAGAACUGGUCAAAUGUUGUUGGCUCAAGGUCUUAUGCUUCAUUUUCUUGGUAGAGCCUGGGUCUGGCCAGAUGCGUUGGACAUUGAGAAUUCAGAUUCUGAAUCCUGGACGGCCCAUACAGUUAAAAAGCUGACAGCAUCAUUCGAAGCAUCGCUUACAGCAGAAAGAGAACCCAAGAUCCUGUCAAACCAUCAUCGGGGAACACUAAGGAGAAACUGUGGCGACAAUGAAAUGAGAAAUGAAGUUUAUCAUAGAAAAAUAAUUUCUUGGUUUGGCGACUCUCCGCUGGCAGCUUUUGGCUUACAUCAGCUAAUAGAAUAUGGAAAGAAGUCUGGAAAAAUUGCUGGAGAUUGGUACGGGCCUGCUGUUGUUGCACACAUUUUAAGAAAAGCUGUUGAAGAAGCCAGAGACCCUGAGCUACGAGGAGUAACAGUCUAUGUUGCUCAGGAUUGUACAGUCUACAGUUCAGACGUUAUUGACAGACAGUGUUCUUGUACGGAUUCUGAAAAAACAGACACAAAAGCUGUAAUUAUAUUAGUUCCUGUGAGACUCGGUGGAGAGAGAACAAACAUGGACUACUUAGAGUUUGUAAAGGGAAUUUUAAGCCUUGAGUAUUGUGUUGGUAUCAUUGGUGGCAAACCCAAGCAGUCAUAUUACUUUGCUGGAUUUCAAGAUGACAGUUUGAUUUACAUGGAUCCUCAUUACUGCCAAUCUUUUGUAGAUGUCAGCAUAAAGGAUUUCCCUCUUGAGUCAUUCCACUGUCCGUCUCCCAAAAAGAUGUCAUUCAAAAAAAUGGAUCCGAGCUGUACGAUAGGAUUUUAUUGUAGAACUGUGCAGGACUUUGAGAAGGCUUCUGAAGAAAUAACCAAGAUGCUGAAAUCUUCAUCUAAGGAGAAAUACCCCUUGUUUACUUUUGUAAAGGGUCAUUCUAGAGACUAUGACUUUGCUUCCAGUCCACUCCGUGAGGAAAAUGACCUUUUCUCUGAGGAUGAAAAGAAAAGAUUAAAAAGAUUUAGUACAGAGGAGUUUGUCUUGCUUUAAGGACAUUUUACACUAGAUUAUUGGCAGCUGUCCAGGAGAACACUUGCCUUUUUUUAAAAAAAAAAAAAAGUGUCCUCCUCUUCCAGAAAGGCUAGCUGUGCUGAAAUUGGUCUAUUUUCAUAAAGAUGAUAAUGUUUUAUAUGUUAAUAGUCUUUAAAAUGUCAUUUAUAAAUGUACUUACUAAUUAUUUUUGUUCACUACUAGUUGGAUGAGUGUAAUGUCGCAUCGUGCUAGUGAAGAUAGAUGCCAUUGUUUAGAGGCAGGUGUGCUGAAAUGUGCCUGCGUCCUGGUCUCGCCCUCUGAAAAAGCUGGGCUGGCCGUAAACCUGAAUGUGAUCCUAGGGUUGUUUCGGUCCGGGACAAAUCCUGAGCAGAGGUUGUCAAAUACGUGUUGGUUUUAUGUCAUGGGCACAUAUCUGUGGGUUUUGAGACCAUCUUAUUUCUGUUUGUAAGCAAAAUUUGAGUAAUUCUUGUUGUAAGGGUAGAACUCUAACCUGUUUCACUUCCUAAGCCCAAAUAAUAGUUAAUAUGGUAAUUGCAACAUACCUCUCUUCCACUGCGCUGCCCAGGAUGUAAGUUUGAUAUAUCAGAAGUAAUUGCCAGUUGCAAUACUGAUAUAAUUAUAUAGGCUGAAUUGUGAGUUAAGAUACUAUUUAGCAGUAUGAUUUUAUAAUGGUUUCUCAUUAAGCCAGCUUUGGAACCUUAAUUUGAGGAGUGAAGAUAAAGUAUUACCUUGCCCCACAAUUUUUAAAGGUUAUACUAUUAAAUUAACUGCAACCAAUCAAAGCAGCUAAAAACAAUUAUUAGAAAGGAGUGGUGUUUGUUUCCUGUUUCAGCUAUUAUAAUGUUGAGGCUUCUUUCCUACUAGCGCAGCUUUUAGAUCAAAGCAAAUGGGGUCUGGAUGUUUAAAAUUUUGGGGUGUGAAUUUUUUUUGAUAUGUUAUUACUGUACAAAUGAUUACUUGAUGGUGUGUGUUCUCAAAUUGCAAAGAAAUGUACAUAAAUAGUUUCGUGUUUUAACAAAUGCAAUAUUUAAACUAUGUAUUAACACUGCUUGAAAAAUAAAAGGCGUGAAAACA